UAUUUUCUUUUAUGACAUAUUUAUGUCAAACAUUUCAUAUAUUCAUUUCAAGAUAUUAAUUCAAUUACUUCUAAUUUCAACAUUUUACUGAAAUUGCUAAAGUAUUGUUAUUAUUAAUACCUAUAUCGGUGUUAAAACACUAUGUCACCUAAGACCAAAGACACUGCAACGAAAAAACCACUCCUCCAAGUCUUACGACCUAGUAUUAGUAAUUCUAGCCUAAACUAUAUUCCGGAAGAUGUUAUAGAAGGUUUUCAAGAAAGAAUCGAAACUGGUAUAUCUUGGACAAUAGCAGAAGAAGCAGCUCGAUACCAUAGACAAAAAUAUAAUAAUAAACAAAUUCCUAAACUUACAUUUUCAAAAGCAUUACAAAAUAAAAUAAAAAAGAGUGUCCUUAAUGGAUUUCUUGAUAAGGAUUCUAACUUUACUCUUAAUGAACAAUGGGAAAUAUUACUCCCGAUAGCUUUAUGGGAUAACGAAAAAUUUUCAAACAAUGAAAGAAAAGAAUGUUUUAAGAAUAACAAUUCAUUAACUGAUAAUAUGAUUGACUUGAUAAAGACCGCCGUGCGACGUGAUGACCGAGAAAUACUUAAAUUGAAUUUGAAAAUGGUCAGUGUGUUGAGAGUGAACGAUUGUGAGAUGACAGACUUUAAUGAAUCUUUGCUACAGUUUACAAAAUUAUCAACUUUAAAUCUUUGUGGCAACUAUAUAGCUGAGGUUGACACGAAUUGCCUUCCACGGGGAUUACGAAUACUCGAAUUACAGAAUAAUCGCAUCAGUAACGUGGAGAUAUUCGUUGAACAAUUGCCGUCUAAUUUGAUUUAUUUAGGACUCGCCAGGAACAUACUCACCAAUGAUAGCGUAAGUGGGCUAUCAAGGCUAUCACACAAUAUAACGGUGUUAGAUUUGUCAGACAACGACAUCUAUGAUAUAGAAGUGGUACUAAGUGCACUAGCUGUCCUGCCCGGUCUGAUCGCUUUACAACUCGCUGGCAACCCGUGCGCUGUGUGUGCAGCCUACGCCCGUAUAACAUUAAUGCGACUACCAAGAUUACAAUGGCUAGACUCUCGGGAAAUUCUACCAACCGAUAGGCCGUUGGAGCCUUUCGAACCUCAUCCAGAUGAUUUACGCUCUGCUUACUUUAAUUUUACUGUCUUUCGAGUAAUGUCCGUGCCUCAACCCCCUAAGCCUGAUAAGGGCGCUAUUACAGCUUUUCACGUUGAAUUGGAAUUGCCUUUAUUAGAUUCAACGCGACGAAAGUUUUUAAUGUUCCGUAAUAUCGAGUCGCUUGUUGAAAUUUUACCACCGCCAGAGGAUGAAGAAUGGCCAUCCGCGGCACCGACUCCCUCAUUUGCAGGAAGUAAAAUCGCAGUAGAAUCAUCAAAAUUACGAGCGUCUGCAUCAUAUUACGAACCGGACAUCUAUAAUCAUUUGAUGGCAAAGAACUCUCGUGAAAUCUGCCAUUUCACAGUUUUCGAGAGUAAUCGUGUCCAGUGGAACAAGAUAAUGAAUUUCCAAGAACCAACUAUUAAAAUAUUUUGUCCGAAUCUUUUUGCUUUGAGAGAUACAUUCCGCACGGUCAUUACCGUUAGACUUGUGUACACGGUGACAGUUAUGGGUAAACAAAGUAAGCCAGAUAAGAAAAGCGCGCUGUCUCUAAGAGCUCCGGGAGAACAGCGAGUCACACUGGCUUCCAUCAAAUGCGUGCUCAAGCGGCCGGACUGGAGCCAACCCUCUCAACACUUCCAUUGGGACGACACACUGAUCACAGACGAAGCUAUCCAUUGGGGAGAUGGUGACCUUUCUGUAUUACAGUAUACUCUAGCAGCCGUGAAGACGCCUAAAGGUAAACCAGAUUCAGAUCCCGGUUCGACCAAACAGUUUCCACCAGAAAACCUAACCUGCCACUUUGGAUUUGGAAUAGAAACUUUACGAAUAUAA